CAGCCGUACAAGCCGAUUGAAGCUUACAGGGCUGUGCCGCUUUAGCGAUAUUAGCAGCAACAGAAGCAGCAGAACCACUUUAAACACGAACCGCUGCCGUCCGUAGUUAUUUACUCUUAUUAACACAGACGUCGAACUCUUGGUAACGGAAAACGUCGCAGUGGCCAAAGCAAACGCCCGACAGUUCCAGUAGCGCAGCACUGCAACAACUCAUACCACCUCAGCCAAAGUCGCCAUGCCCGAAGAAAAGAAAUACGCGCACACCAAUGGAUUCGCCAACGGACACGGAAACGGUGGACUUCCGCCAGAGAGCCCGGACGGUGAGAUGUUCCUGUUCACUUCCGAAUCCGUCGGAGAAGGACACCCCGAUAAAAUGUGCGAUCAGAUUAGUGAUGCUAUUUUGGAUGCACAUCUGGAACAAGAUCCCGACGCAAAAGUGGCUUGUGAAACUGUUACCAAAACUGGAAUGGUUUUACUUUGUGGAGAAAUAACAUCCAAAGCCAAUGUUGAUUAUCAAAGAGUAGUUCGAGACACAAUUAAACAUAUAGGCUACGAUGAUUCAUCAAAAGGUUUUGAUUACAAGACAUGUUCGGUGAUGCUUGCUAUUGAUCAACAAUCUCCAAAUAUUGCUGCUGGUGUGCAUAUCAACAGGACUGCUGAGGAGGUUGGUGCUGGUGAUCAGGGCCUCAUGUUUGGCUAUGCUACAGAUGAAACAGAAGAAUGUAUGCCUUUAACAGUGGUACUUGCGCACAAGCUUAAUGAAAAAGUCGCUGAACUCCGAAGAAAUGGAGUACUCUGGUGGGCACGUCCUGACACUAAAACACAGGUAACAUGUGAAUACUGUUUGGUGGGCGGUGCUUGCAUUCCACAAAGAGUUCAUACAGUUGUUAUAUCUGUGCAACAUUCUGAAAAGAUUUCCCUAGAAGACUUACGACAAGAAGUUAUGUCUAAAGUUGUUAAGACCGUGAUCCCUUCUCAGUAUCUUGAUGAGAGAACUGUUUUUCACAUCAAUCCAUGCGGCCAAUUUGUGAUGGGCGGUCCUCAAUGUGAUGCUGGCUUGACAGGACGUAAAAUUAUUGUUGAUACUUAUGGUGGAUGGGGAGCUCAUGGAGGUGGUGCAUUCUCUGGCAAAGACUUCACUAAAGUUGAUAGAUCCGCUGCAUAUGCUGCUCGUUGGGUUGCUAAGUCUUUAGUCAAAUCUGGCCUUUGCAAACGUUGUCUUGUACAAGUAUCUUAUGCUAUUGGAGUAGCAGAGCCAAUAUCAAUUACACUUUUCCACUAUGGCACAUCUAUUAAAUCUCAAAAAGAAUUGUUGAAAAUUGUAAACAAUAAUUUUGAUUUAAGACCAGGAAGAAUAGUCAGGGAUUUAAAUCUACGAAACCCAAUCUACCAAAAGACAAGCACAUAUGGACAUUUUGGUCGUGACAUAUUUCCCUGGGAAAAACCUAAGGUUUUGGUCGAGUGAUAAAUGGCAGACUUCUUACACACUGUGUAUGAUUAAAAACAAAUGCGUAGAAUUUUUUUAUUAUGAUUUUUUUUUAACAUUAACGAAUCAAAUGUUGCCACCUGUUCAUAGUGUUACACUAUUAAAGAUACACUAUUAAAUAUAUUAGUAUUUGCAUAGGUUUCCCUUAUUUUAAAAAUAUUAUAAUUAAUUUUUUUUGAAAAGAAAAAAAAUUUUUAAAUGUAAUAUUGUAAUUAAUAAGUCACUGUUACAUCAUGUAAAUAAGAAGUCUAAACAUUACCAGACACAAUUAUUUACCUUUUUGGUCUGUUAAACAAAAUUUGAACAUAGUUGCUUUUUAAUUUUGAUCAAUCACUAUUUUUUAGUGUAUUUCAUAAAAGCUAAAUACCAAUUCAAUUACUAUUAUAUUAUCUCAUCAUAUUCCAUGAAAAUAUGUGUACAUAUAUUUUGUAUGUGUACAUGAAUAUUAAGAUAUACUUCUCCUUUUUUUAUUUAAUUUUUUUUUCUUAGUGAUUUAUUAUUGACCACAUAUUUUUUUUUAUCAAAGUUUAGCACAAUCUUAAGACAUACAUUUAGAUUUAGCAUACAGACUUCAUUGUUCAUGAAUUAAUUUUGUGUUACUUCUAUGUUCACUUGAUUUAAAUUUAAAUAUUUUUAUUGAAACAAUUAUAGUUUUUUUUUUUAUAUAUAAUUUUAAUGUUUUAUCAACAUUUUGUGAAUUUAUUAGUUUUUUUUUUUGUCAUACAUGUAUUUGAUCCGCCUUAUUUUCGUUUGUUACAAUGAUAUUGAUUAUUGGCUCAUAAUAAAAUGUGUUGCUGCCCUCCAAA